AUGUCUGGGUUACCACCUCAAAAUGAUCCUGCACGCGAUGCCGCUGAAAAAAAGGCACUUGAGGCUCGUGAUAGAACUGGACAGGUCGUCGGAGCCUUGAAGGAUGGAAAACUUCCAUCAACAGCACAAAUCACCAAAACCAUUGAUAAGAUUCAAAAUUCUGACGAACUCCAUAAUGCUGGUCAUGGCGUGACCCCAUUGGGUAAACGCAUAUUAGCUGAUACUGAAAAAUUAUUAGAAAGUACAAAAAGAGUUCUCGAAGAAAAAAAUGCUGGCAACCAAUUACAAAAUAUCGUUUAUCAUGGUGUUCAAGGCGCAAAAGAUAUUAAUGAUAAUACGUCUAUUCCAGGUGAUUUUAAACAAAAAGUUCGAACAGAAACUUCAGCUGCACAAAGAGAUGCAUCACAAACAGCCCAAAGUGCUUACCAAAAAAUCCUUAGAAUCCCUAGUCUUGUUAUGUCAAGUCCAGAAUUUCGUGCAUUACUCAAUGAUCUUAACUCGAUUGCUCAAGAAGGAUCCCAUGCUCAAGAUCCUGACCAAACAAAGAUGGAAAUUCAACAAAAUGCAAGGGAAACUGCAGACAGAACUUCACAAACAUUACGGGAAAAUGCCUAUCCAUUAGCCAAGAAUGCUGCAAACAUUGGUGGCGAACAUAUUAAAGAUUUUAGUGAAGGCAAAAAAUCGUUAAAAGAAGCUACCACUGGUGGUGUAAAAUCAUUACAAUCUUCUGUUCAACAAAAUGUCUCCGUUCGUAAACUUAGCGAUGAAGAACGUGAUCGAUUGGUGAAUCGCUUUAAAAAUGUCAUGAUUGAAGCACACAAAAAUCAACAGUAUCAAGACGCAAUUAGUGAAUUAAUGGAUUUGAUCUCCCAACUUUCACAACAAACUCAAGAACUUACUCAACAUUUAUCUGAUAAUUUGGCUGUCCCUCGAGAAGAAAUAAAUAAAAAUGAUUCCAUACAAAUUGCCACUAAAAAUGCCAAAGAUAUUGUUGAGAAAUUUGCUAAUCAAUCGCUCGAUCCUUUGAUUGAUUCAAUCAGAGAAUUUGGUAGACAAAUGAAAAAUGAUCAAGAGUUACGUGAUUAUUUCAAAGAAGUUCGACAAUUUAUUGGCAGUUCACUUCACGACACUGAAUUCGUACAGAAUACAGAUUACACACAGUUUGGAUCAGAAUUGAUUACCACUGGUAGACAAAUUUUGUUAGAGAAAUAUCGUGAACAAAGUGAAAAUGUUCGAAGACAAGCUAAUUCCUUCAAUGAAGCAAUCCAAAACGAUCCAACUACUGCUCAGUGGAGAAGAGACUUCGAUAAUUUGAUUACUGAUCUUUUCUUGGAUGAAAGUGGAAGUCCAACAAUUAAAUAUGAGCUCAUUAAAGAUGCUGCAAAAAUCAUCCCUGUUAUUACCACUCAGUUGCAAUAUUUACCACUUCCAAGAAUUGAAAAUUCAGAUGAUGAAUAUGAUUUCGCUUUUGAUAAUAUGGUUCUUCACUUACCAGAAAUUUUACCAAGUCAUGCUCACCUCAGCUUAACAUCAGAUAUUAAUCUAGAUCGUGAAUCCACCAGUCUAAUAAAAAAUUAUGCCUUCUUUGAAGUUUCUAAAAUCCGUGCUGAUGCACGUAACAUUGCAUUUUAUUACAAGAAGAAGAAAGGAGUGAUCAAUAUGAAUGAUUUAGGAUUAGUCGACUUUUCCAUUCCAAAUAAUGGUUUAAGGUUUUAUCUAAAAUUAUUGUUAGAAGCGCCAACAAAAGACCAUCCAAAUCUUCGAUUCAAUGUAUUAGAAGCAGAAACUACCAUUGAAAGCCUCAAACUUCGUAUACACCAAUCAAAACAUGAUGUCUUGUAUAAAAUUUUAACUCCAUUGGCUCAGAACAAGAUUAAAAAGCAACUUGAAGCCACAAUUACCGAAAAAUUGAAAGAAGCUGUUCAACUUUUACAAGAUAGUAUUCAACGACUUCAAGUUCAAGUUUCAAAACUUCGACAAAAAUCCAAUAUUAAUUCCAAUAUUAGUAAUCUAACCAGUAAUAUCAAUACCAAUAUUAAAGACGUACCACCACGUAAAGUAUCACCACAUGAUACAACACCUCAAUAUCAACCUUUGGAAGAAUAA